UAGGCCGAGGCCCAGAGUCCCAUACGAGACUGACAGCGUCGCAGUUACAGUCAGCAGUCAGUAUCGAGCUGGAGUCUCGAGCGUAGUCAGUGUCGUCAGUGUCGUCGUCAGUCGGAGACAAAACGCGGGCGUAGCAAAUUCAUUUCGUAAAUGGAAAUGUGCUGGAGACGUCAAACGGAGACGCAACGCGAAGGGGAACGGGAACGGCAAAGGGAGACGCAGACGGCGCGCGGCAAGCGAAUGAAAUGAAAUUUAUUAAAUUAAAAAAGAAGACGUGAAUACGUUAACGUUCAACGAACGAACGGAAGUGAAAAGUUACAAGCACGCACACACACAAAUACGUAUAGCAAAUACAACAACAACAACAACAACAACUACUACAAAAUAGUUAUAAAAAUAAAUAUAGUUAAGAAAAAAAAAAGAAAAGAGUGAACUCAACGCAAAAAAAAAGACAUGGGCAAGGAUCAGGAGUUUCUGGAGGCGGCGCGCAACGGCAACAUCAGCCACAUCGAGAAGGUGCUCUCACAGAAGGGCAAGCGAGCCGGUCCCUUGGCCAGCCUGCGACGCACUGGCGUCAAUGUGCAGGACAGUGGAGGAUAUUCCGCGUUGCAUCAUGCCUGCCUCAAUGGACACGAGGAUAUUGUGAGACUGCUGCUCGCCCACGAAGCUUCUACGAAUCUGCCCGACUCGCGGGGAUCUUCUCCGUUGCAUCUGGCUGCCUGGGCUGGCGAGACGGACAUUGUGCGUCUGCUGCUCACGCAACCUUAUCGUCCGGCCAACGCCAAUCUGCAGACCAUUGAGCAGGAGACGCCGCUGCAUUGUGCCGCACAGCAUGGACACACGGGAGCUUUGGCUUUGCUGCUCUCGCAUGAUGCGGAUCCCAAUAUGCGCAACUCUCGUGGAGAGACGCCGCUUGAUCUCGCUGCCCAGUACGGACGUCUGCAGGCUGUGCAAAUGCUGAUUCGUGCGCAUCCCGAACUGAUCUCGCAUCUCAGCACAGCGGCUGUGGAGAGUGCGACGCCUUCGCCGUCGUCGCCAUCGUCGCCCAGUCGCCACAUCUUUCCGCACACCUGCCUGCAUCUGGCCAGUCGCAAUGGCCACAAGAAUGUGGUCGAUGUGCUGCUCGCCGCUGGCGUCUCUGUGAAUCUCCUGACGCCCUCGGGCACUGCGCUCCACGAGGCAGCGCUGUGUGGCAAGGAGAAUGUUGUACGUACUCUUCUUCGCGCUGGCAUCGAUCUGUCGGCCACCGACAACGAGGGACGCACAGCUCUGGAUAUACUACGAGAGUUUCCACCACACGUGACCAAGCACAUAAUAGCAGUGAUUAACAAUUUUCGUCACCAAAUGGAGACAGAUGACGGAGACGAAGUCAUCUAUCGCCAGCACUCAAGCUCGGGGCGUAGCAGCCAGGGCGGCAACCAAUCGCAAUCGCAGCAACACAAUAGCUACAAUCACUAUCACUUCAACUCCAACAAUCACUUGCUGAACCACUCGCACUCGAUGCAACAGUCGGGCUACAGCAAGCAGAGACUUAGCGCUGGCAAUGGAGCUCACUACAAUGGCGGCAAGUCGCUGGACAGCGCACUCCAGCCCGAGGAAAGAUUCUAUCAGGAACUCAAUGCGCACUCGCCGCUGCACAUACAAAAUGACAUUGGCGGUGGCUACAGCGUGAGUCCUUCGUCCUCGCUGAGCAGCUUCGAGCCAGCCUCUGUGUCGCCACGCUCUCGGUGCUCUACCGGAACAGGAACGGGCAAUCAGCCGCUGCAGAUGAGCACCUUUGCACCCAGCGGACCUCCUAAGAAGCCGCCACGUCGCAAUCUUUCAGUGUCGCCAACGCACGCUGGACCUGGGCAGCAAUUUAGCUACAGCUCGCCAUCGAGUCAGGGCACAGCGCAGGGUCAGGGACAAGGACAACAGCAGCGACGACGUCCGCCACCCACCGACAGUCCGUAUUCGCAUCAGAGUCACGGCAGCGUUGGCGGCAUGAGCUUCGACGAGACACAGCUGAGGGAGCGACAGCGCAGCGAUCGACUCUACGCCAGCGCCAGACAGAGCACGCGAUCAGCGGUGACGGGUGGCAUGAAUCUUAGUUCAAGUAAUGACAUGCUGGAUCGUCAGUGCAGCAGCUCGGAGCUGAACAGCGAGACGAGCGUGCAGAACUCGAGCGGAGAGUCGCCUGCUCCCACCACCAACUCGAUGAAGCGUCCGAUUCCAGCGCAGCGCAGCGCCUCGACCAAACUGUCCAAGGAGCUGCUCAAGUCCUGCGAAAAUGCCACACUCAAGUCGUAUAAUCCCAAUCGCAAACUCAAACGCAAUCGCAACAGCUGCUCUCUCAAUGUGGCUGAUAAAUCAGAGGUCGGCGAGCAGAACUGUGAUCCCAAGCAGCAAAUCCCGAGCAGUCCCACGCACUACAAGCAACCACCGACCCCGGAUCAUCCGCCUCCCAGCUCCAGCCAGGCGGAACGCACCAUUCACGAGCGCAUUCGUCCCCUGAGCCAGGAGUACAAACGUCGCUCGGCGCUGCUGCAGCUGCAAGCGGCGCAGCAGCUGAUGAUCGAGACGGGCUCGUCGCCAUCGAAGCUGCUGCCCACCCUGAGCACGCCAGGCUACGAUUACGAUGACACGGUGACCGUGGUGCCUCGCUGUCCGGCUCCCUCGUCGGGCUCCUUGAGCUCCAGCAUCUCGUGCUCGGAUCACAGUCUCUCGCUAUCCACGGACUACGUGGAGGAGUUUGUCAGCGAUGUGCCUUUCGCUGGUUUAUUAAAGGGAGCCACGCAGACGCACAAGGGGCAGGAACAGACGCAGCAGGAGGUGCCUCGUAUCAUGCGUCCACCCAUCGCCACCAAACCUCAGGUGCCGGAACGCAAGUUUGUGAAGCCCCCGACGACGCCGACGCAGCAGAGUGCGGAGAUUAAGCUGGAGACGAAUGGCAAUGCGAAUGGUCCGACUAAAGUGGCCAGUGAAAAGUCGCCGGCGAAGUCAUCAGCCAGAUCUCCAUCGAGAUCUCCUGGCAAGUCGCCAGCAAAGUCUCCGAUUAGCGGACAGUCGAUAGCGCGCAACUCGCUGAAUCUGCUGAGUCCGUUCAAUGCGGAGGAGGCGCGCAAAAAGAUCUCCGAGAUCAUUGAGAACUUUGGCAGCGGCAUUCUCACCACCAACAUCACGCCCACUCACGACAUCGAGCUGGACUUUGAGGAUCUCGAGGUGCUUCCCGAGCGUCGCGAGUUGGCCGUCAGACUGCGCAAUGCUGGUCUCCUGCACUUGGAGAGGAUUCUCUUCGAGAACGGUUACGACAACUACAAGUUUGUGCGUAAUGUGUUCGAGGAGCCGGACAUUCCGUUGCUGCACAUUCCGGAACGCGAUGCCGCCAAGCUGCUGCGCUUUGUAGGGACUUUGCCGCCGGCGGAGUUUUUGCCUCAGGUGCCCCUGAAAACGCAGCAGGAGAACAAGCAACAAGGCGUGGCCAGCCUGCAGCAAUGGCUGCACAGCAUCUCUUUACCCGAGUACCUCGAGUUCUUCAACAAACAUUUGUACAACACCAUCGAGAGCGUGUGCGGCGUGUGGGAUGUGGAACUGCAGACGGUGCUGGAGAUCAACAAGCUGGGCCAUCGACGUCGCAUCCUGCAAUCCCUGGCUUACAUUCGCCAGAUGCGCGAGUCCAAGUCGCAGAAAACGCCGCUGGCUGAGAACAACGAAACUAACAAGAUGACAACGAAUGGCAACAAGGAGGCAACUUCAGCUGCACCUGCUUCCAGCUCCGGUAACCAUCAAGCACCUACAGCAAACACAAAUGCAUUGCCGCAUCGCAACUCCAUCACAGGGUACCGCAAGAAUCGCCCUGCUCCUCCUCCUCCCUUGGCUGCGGUACAAAAAGCGGCAACUGCCCCGCUGCAGAUACGUGCUCCCUCGGAGCUGCUGCUGGGAUUGCCGGCCAGCAUGCGCUCCACUCAGUGGCGCCACUCGGCGCAAACUCUCCUCAACGAGAACAUCAAAUACGAGGUUCAGUACCUCGGCUCAACGGUUGUGAAAGAACUGCGUGGCACCGAGUCCACCAAGAAGUCCAUACAGAAGCUGAAGGCCUGCUCCGGCGAGGGACAAGAAGAGAUUGCCAAGCAGGGCGCGCCACUUACCUUGGCUAUUUGCCACCGCGGCGUGGAGUUUAUCGAUGUGGCAAGCAAGCGCAUUAUUUGCGAGCACGAAAUACAGAACAUCAAUUGUGCCUGCCAGGACUCCGAGGAUCUGCGGCACUUUGCCUACAUCACCAAGGAGCUGGACAUGCACUAUUGCCACGUGUUCCUGGUGCCUAGUACGGACUUGGCCAGCGAGAUCAUCCUCACUUUGGGUCAGGCCUUUGAGGUGGCCUAUCAACUGGCAUUGAGGGAUGGCAUUGCCACAACCCCCGCGCUUCUCCUCGACAACGGCAUGCUUCAGGGCGAAUUCUGCGGCGCUGGCGGUGGCAGCAAAUAGAGCCACGAGCUGGCCACCGCCGAGGCCCAACAACAACAGAAACAACAGCAACAAUUGCUGGCCAGCCAGACUUUGGCCAACAGAUCGAUUGCUAGGAGUCGCAGUCACAGUCGGAGUCGCAGUCUGUGCGCCAAACUCUUUUGCUUGACCAACUAUGGAGCGCUGUUCAAGCUCUAGUCGGAGCAGCUUCUAAUGAUAAUCCUUGUAUCCUAGUCUCCUAGUCUCCUUGCGCAUUUGACUUUUAUACAGAGUUUUUAUUAUUUAUUUGUAACGAUCAAAACGAACAAAGACUUUUAAAGGCACAAUUUUUUAAAUGACGUGAACUUCCAGUCAAUCAUGAAUCAUCAAUCAUCAAUCAUUUGAAGCGCAAAUAAUGCAUUUAAUCUUCGCAAUUGCAUUUAAUUAUACUUGAUAAUAUUGUAUGAAUGUUUUAGACAAUUUUAGCUAUAUCCGACUAACUAUCGAAUCGAAAGAAAUUUAUUAAAAAUAUUGACAAAUUACGAGUAUGGGCAUAUUGGCAUAUAAACAAUUUUAUUGAUGUUGACGAAUCGGAAAUUAAUAAUUGCUGCGUUUGGAAAGCAAUGGAAAAUUCAUAUCGAUAUAUCGAAUAAAUAUUUAUAUAUAAUAUAUAUAUGUAUACUAUUAAUGAGAAUAUUACAAAUUGGCUAUAUACAAGCGAGAAGUGAACGAAGGAAGCACAAUUAUUCAACGUGUUGUUAUAUAAUUUUAAAUAAAUCAAACAUACAUUUAACACAAAAAUCUACAAAAUAUAUAUAUCUAUGUAAAUCGAAUGCUAAACUCUAAUCAAAGUAAAAUACAACGCAAGCGAAAGUUAUAAGCAAAUUGUGCUUACAAAAUAAACUAUCAAUAAUUCGUAAAAUUAAUUGAAACGAGGCAUCUUCUAGAAAAGUUUUCAAAUGUUUUAAGCUAGUCCCUUAGUUGUUUUUUCUUGGUAAUUAAUUUGAGGCAAAGCCUUGUUGUUGUUUGUCAUUUGUUUUAACUGAUAAUUAUUGGAUUAACUUAUCAUAAUUUAUUUCAAUUCUCGACAUUUUCUAUCGAUGUGUGCAAAUGCUUUAAAUGUUAGCCUGCUUUAUGGUACAAGAAAUGUUCAUAAUAAGAAGUACCUAUCCAUAAGAAGAAGAACAACAAAUAAAUUGACUAAUAAUACUAUGUAAUUGUGCAUUCUCUGCAAAGUUUGUUAUUCGCAUAAACUAUAUCUAUACACAAACCCCAAACAUACGAUAAAUAUAUAUAACAUUUACCCAGACAGGCUAGCGCAUAACUAAUGAAAUUUAAUAGCAAACUAUGCAUAAAUAAAUAUAGCAAAAUCGAACAAAAACCCCAACAACAACAUAAAUACAAAUGAAUGAAAAAAAUAUAUAAAAAAUAAACAUGUUUACCGAAAAAAUUAAAAACCAAAAAAGAAAAAUAAAACCUAAAUGGAAACCUGUAAACCUGAUUUGUCUUCGUCAAAUUGCAUAAACAAGUUUAUCAAAAAUAUACUACAACCAAAUAAAUGAAAAAACAAUUUAAAUAAACUUUAAACACACACAACUAACAAGAAGAAGAAGAAGGAGGAGGAGAAGAAGAACAAAUACGAUUACUAUUACUAAAUAAAUGCAUAAAUAAAUUCAAG